AUGCGUCUCUGUAACCACAGUUACAACGAAGAAAAGAAGGUUGUUCCCAAAUCCUCAAAAAAAACAAAGAGAGUUGAACCAGCUGGAUUCGUCUUUUUCAUAUUGAGAGAAUGGAACGCAAGAAUCGCUUUUGAAGAUAUUUUUGAAGUGGACCUGAACACGAGGAAGGCGGAGUUCGGAAUCUCGGAACUGGACCUGGAAAAAGUCAAAAACUUCUCAAACUACUGCCAAAAGUACGAAGUCGCAAGUUUCAUCUACGCCCAUAAGCUGGCAUGGAGCAGGAUAAUGCUAAGCGACUUCGAAACGUUGUCAGAAUCGGAGACGGGAGACGAGACCGUGUCGAAGAAGAAGGAGAAGAAGUUCAAGAGCAUAAAAACGCUGGGACUGGUGAGGAAUUUCAUCUCAAAGAACACGUGUGCAUACGAACUGCUGAACUGCACGGACUCUGACGAGACUUCGAAGAUCAAGGCAAACUACAGGAAGCUGGUACUGCUGCUGCACCCGGACAAGAGCAACAACCAGAACGUGCCAGAUGACCUGAAGGAUUACGAGAAGAAGUACAGAGUCUCCUCGCUCACGAGGGAGCAGAAGAGCGACAUGUUUCUACUACUGCAAGAUGCGUUCACAAUUCUCAGCGACCCGGAUAUGAGACUGGAGUACGAUUCAAACCUGCCAUUUGACGAGUACAUACCAACGAACGAAGAAGCGAAGAAAAAGGACUUCUUCCAACUGUUCGGACCAGUGUUUAAGAUGAACUCGAGGUGGUCGAGAGUAAAGCCAGUGCCGCUUUUGGGAAGCAACGAAAGCGACGACAAGUACGUAGAGGAGUUUUACGAGUUCUGGCGAUCAUUCGAAACACUGAGAACAUUCAGCCACGCAGCUCCACACCUGCUGGAGGACGCAGAAAGCAGAGAGGAAAAGCGGUGGAUGGAAAGAGAAAACCUGAAGGUGCAGAAGAAGCUAGUGAAGAAGGAGCAGCUAAGAAUACAAAAACUGGUAGAUUUAUCGCAGCAAUAUGACCCUAGACUAAAGAGGAGACAAGACCGACUUAGACUAGAAAAACUUGAAAGGCUGAAGAAGGUUCAAGAAGCGAAACAGCUAGAAAUGAAAAAACUUGAGCUUGAGAAGGAAAAGGAGAGAUUGGAGCUCCAGCAGGCAGCAGAGAGAACAAAAUAUGAAAAACAAAUCGCAAAAAAAUUGAGACAACAACUUAGAAUAGUGUCCCAGAGGGAUGAUAAAUUCACGGAAAUAGCCAAAAAUUUUGAUAAACUGACGAACUUUGAAUAUGGAGAGAUAGUGAAGUAUUCGAAGGAAAUGUAUUCAAUAAUUAAGUUGGAGUUCGAUUUUGCAAGAAGCGCAAACAGCGAAUACCUCGAGGAACUUAAGAGCUGUGACACACAACUGAAGGAGUUUGAAGUGGAAAAUGACAUUUCAGAGCAGCUAUCAGGACUAUUCGAGUCAAUAGCAGCAAAGUUGGAUCCACCAGGACAAAACACAAACGCAGAGCUCACACCUGCACAACAACAAACACAAAAAACAGAGUUAAAGCAAGAUGUAAAAGUAGAAGGAGAAUCCGGGUGGACAACAGGAGACCUGGGAAGGCUGGCGAAGGCAGUAGAAGCAAACCCGCCGGGAACGCCGGGACGCUGGAACCUGAUAUCGAAGUUCGUGAGAACAAAGUCGGCAGGACAGUGCAUAGAAAUGGCGAAGCUGGUGGCAACGAACGCAGACAUAUCGAGUUACAUGGCCUCGGAGACAAGGGCCGCAGGGAUUAACGGAGACAGCACUGCUGCCGUGAACAACGGCCCGACCAAGACCAACGGGAACGCGUUCGAACAGGCGCUAGCGAAGUACCCAUCGCACAUCGAUCCUCUGGUCAGAUGGAGAAAGAUAGCGUCCGAGGUCCCGGGGAAAACGCCCAAGGAGUGCCUAUCCAGAUUCAAGGAGGUAAGUUUCGACCAUGCGUAUUAG